ACUUGACUUUACGUAGCUACAUAAAAAAAUCGCGGUCGUCGACGAGGAAAAAAAUAAUAUACAUGGCAUGAUAGGUGCCCGUAAAGUUGGAGCAUAACUGUACAACAAUUCGUAAGCCAGUGGUUGUCAAGCGCGACUCCGAAGACUGCAUUCGCCCACGACAAGCCCGUAGUCGUUUUCGCCCUGCGGGAUUAUGAGCUGCGGCAGCAAGUAACCUUUAAUGACAGCCCCGCAUAUCCAGGUAACGUCAAGUUCCGUAUAUUUAAGAAUUUGCGAACGUGAGAUUCGCGUUCCAAGUCGAUAGUAACUCUCGUCCACGUGAAAGAUUCUCGAUGUUUCACGACAAGAAAAUCUCAACAAUUCUUGCAUCGCAGAUCACAUAAAGAAUAUCAAAAUGCAGACAAUAAAGUGUGUUGUAGUAGGCGACGGUGCGGUUGGUAAAACAUGUCUCUUGAUUUCAUAUACUACAAAUAAGUUUCCUUCUGAAUAUGUGCCUACUGUUUUUGACAAUUAUGCAGUAACUGUGAUGAUAGGAGGUGACCCUUAUACAUUAGGAUUAUUUGAUACAGCAGGUCAGGAGGAUUAUGAUAGAUUGCGUCCCUUAAGUUAUCCUCAGACUGAUGUAUUUCUCGUCUGUUUCUCAGUUGUGUCACCAUCGUCAUUUGAAAAUGUAAAAGAAAAGUGGGUACCAGAAAUAACACAUCAUUGUCAGAGAACUCCAUUUUUACUUGUUGGAACACAGAUUGAUUUGAGAGAUGAUGUCGCAACAAUAGAAAAACUUGCAAAAAACAAACAGAAGCCAAUAUCUGGAGAACAGGGUGAAAAACUCGCCAAGGAACUCAAGGCUGUAAAAUAUGUAGAAUGCAGUGCUCUGACGCAGAAAGGUUUGAAGAACGUAUUUGACGAAGCUAUUUUAGCUGCAUUAGAACCUCCUGAACCAGUGAAGAAAAGGAAGUGUACGCUUCUGUAAGAUGAUGAAAUAUCUAAGGGACGCAUGCCUGAUUUCAGAACGCUACGUAGUACCAGGCAACAGUCUCGUGUGUAGUAUACUCUAUACUAAAUAGAACUCAAUUUGUCUCUACAAGUUUGUAACGUAUUCAGAAAGGAUAAGCAAAUCCGAUACUAGUUGACUGCAAACACAUUCCACGAGGCAUUGAAGUGUGCGAUAAUGAUUCUAAGUUUGUAAUAUCGGAUAAAACUUUUCUAUCAAAUAAUAACGACUGUCUUUUCAAGAAGUUAUUGCUUUCAUUUUUCUAAUAUAACUUUUGAGAGAAAGGCAAUUGGAAUGCGCCCAGGGAUUUUUAAAUUUCAAAACCGUUCUCAAACUCAUUGAUUUUUAACUGACGUUUACACUUAACAGGGACAAAGUUGGAGAAACAAAAAUUGGUGCUAUUGUUCAACAAUAUAUUUUUAAAUCGAAACCAAGAUAUUUAAUGAGGGAUAGUCUAUACUUGACAGAGUAUUCAUUUUGAUAAUCAAAUGUCCAAAUAUCUCUCGCUAAAAUGAACAUUUCUUUCGACACAUUAAAAUGAAAUUUUCAUUCUCGGCGACAUCAGUAUUAGGUGCUCUAUGAUAAAUAUAUAAUAUGAUAAAUAUCAUAACAGUAUCACUUAGAUAUAUCAAUUGCAUGUAACACAAAAGGACUAUUACUAAUUCUAACAAGCCAUCUACUAUUAAAAUACUAUUGAUAUUGGAGGUUUUUACAAUAUCGCUUAUCUAGAUGUUAAUAAUUCUAAAACAGAUACACACAUCACAGUGAAUAACUAGUCUCAUUACUUGUCCUGUUCAAAGUGUAUUAUCGCGCAAAAGUUCCCCAAUAUCAAUAAUAAAUCUUUGGAUCACGUCUUUUGAGGAGAGUACAUACGGCAGCUAUCUUUAAUGAAGGAAAACUUUCAAGAAAGUCGACCAAUUUUUUUGUAUGUUUUUGAGUACUUUUUCCUACAUAGCGAAGUAUUUUCAGCAACUUUUUACCACCUAAUAAAUCAGAAUUAAAGAGCUUGUAAAUCAGUAUUAGAGAACGCCCUUUCCACUUUGCAACUGCAUUGAACGCGUUUAAUACGUGAUGGAAAGGAUGCUUAUAAGAUCGCACAGAGAAAGAAGACAAAGAAGAAUGACUGUCUGCAAUAAAGAAAAUAGAAUGACUAGAUGAAAAUAAAAUAACGGCACACUGUGCCUAAUUUUGGAUAACACCGUAAACAAAUUCACAAUUUUUACUUGUGAUUGUAUACGCGAAAAUUCUUUUGAUUAUCAAAAUCAGUGUCACAAAGCUGCAUGCAAUGAAUUUAUUGAACGAUUCAGCCCCGUCGGCAUGCGACCGGCUGAUUUUUUAUAAUUGUCCGAACUGGCCGAAUUGUCGCAUAUCGUUAAUACUAUUAACACAUACGAAUAUUUGUUAAGACGUAUUCGAUAUGUGGACGUCGAAUAGAGAUGUUGCGAGAGAAAGCAUUUUAUCAAAAAGGUUUAAUCAACUUUUACACUACGAAUACAGUUAAAAGCAGUAAACAGCAUUUAUUAGUACUGUAUGUGUCAUAAUAUGUAGACACAAUCAUGUAACGAAAUAUUCGUAUAAAUAUAUUUAUACCAUGUA